AGAAGCAGCAGACUCUGAACCAGCCUGAGACCCUUCACACCUCACCAUGAUCUGCGUUCUGCUAUUAACACUGUUCGCUGUGGUGUCAGCGGACCGGCUGCCCCGCAGCUGCGGCACCUGCGACCCGAGUAAGUGCGCUCCGCUGCCGGCCGAGGGCUGCUCCUCCGGGACGCUGCUGGACGCGUGCGGCUGCUGCGAGCUCUGCGCGUCGGGGGCUGGAGAGCCGUGCGGGGGACGCGGAGCCUCAGCCAAGCGCUGCGCGUCCGGACUCGAGUGCGUCAAGAGCGACAAAGACAAGAAGAGCAAAUCAGGGGUCUGCGUCUGCAAGAGCAGCUAUCCCGUGUGUGGCAGUGACGGCGUGAACUACAACAGCGGCUGUGAGCUGAAAGCAGCAAGUGUGAAAGCAGUGAAGGACAAAAAACCCGAGAUUAAGAUUCGGAACAAGGGCAAAUGCGCUCAAGCACCAGUUAUUGUAACAGCUCCAGGAGAGGUCUGGAACGUGACUGGCUCGCAGGUCUUCCUUAGCUGUGAAGCCAUCGGGAUACCAACACCUGUGCUCACCUGGAGAAAAGUAACUAAUAGCAAAGACAAGACUCUUCCACUCCCUGGAGACAAAGACAACCUGGCCGUCCAAACCCGCGGAGGCCCGGAAAAGCAUGAGGUUACUGGCUGGGUGCUAAUAUCUCCACUUACCAAGGAGGAGGACGGCUCCUACGAAUGUCACGCCAGCAACAUCCAGGGCGAAGCAUCGGCCGUGGGCACCAUUCACGUGGUGGAUUCCAUCAAUGACAUUCCACCCAAGAAGGGGAAGGAUGAUGAGCUGUAAGAGGACGUAGCCUCCGACUGAGAUGUUGAAACACUACGCCUGUGCACUGAUGACAAGCAUCUAGCGCAAUCACUGCUCACACACUCCGCCUGAACCACAAACAGCAGCUCAAACAUGGACACUUUAUUCUUAUUUAUAUGGACACUCACAAAAACCCUGACCCCAACAUUUCUCCAUUCCUGCACGUUACCUCACUCUACUUCGAUACUGUAAAGCGCCAACCAAGACAACCAUCAUAUUGAUUUUUGAAGAGAUACACACAUUCGUACCCGAGAACACAAACAUUUAGGCACGCACACUUCAUACGCCACAUAAUAUCAUUCACUUGCAUGCAUGUGAAGACACUCAAAUAGCUCUUCUCCACUUAUCAUAUGCAUGUUUUGCUUCUCUUUAUUUUUCAAGAUGUUUAUGAUUAGCUUUCUUUUGGUCGACGUCUAUGGUGCUGAAAAAAUUAUUUAAAGUUUUUUUUACUACUUUUUGCACAAUUUCUAAGACUUAGAUGCUGUUCCUCCAAGGUUCAGUUAAAACUUUAAGGCCUGGUUUUACAGACAGAGCUUAGACUAAGCCAGGAUUAGGCCAUAGUUCAAUUAGUCAUUUUUCAUAAACAUGCCAGA